AUGUUUUUCGCUGUUCUGAUACUGUCUAUCGCAAAGUGGUCUGUACUCCAGGCCGUGUAUCAUGAGGCCGGUUGUAAGUACACAUUCCACGUAUGGCAACCCGACCAGGAUGUUCUCAAUCAGAUGAGCCAGCUUCGAUUCCAGUUCGACAACUUCACGGGCCACGCGAAUUACGACAUGUCGAAAAUGAAGCUGGACAUCCUCGGCGACCUCCGCCAUUUUGAAAACUGGACCAGGAACCUGGAGAAAGAAAUUAUGCAAAUGAGGGUGGAUUCGGCGCAAACGAAAAUAAGCUAUCAGGACUUGGACUCGGAGAUUGCUUCCGUCAACCGAGAGAUGCAUGUGAUCAGUCGGAAAAUCGACGACCUUGAGAUGGAUUAUUUCAAGAUGGCCAACCAGCCGGGAAAGCAGCCGCUGACCCACUUCUCAAACGGUCGGAAGGCGAUUGGCAACCACCAGAGGAACUUGAUUGCGAUUCUGAAGAACAGUGUCGGGGAUUUGAAGGCGGAGUGGCUCUUGGUCAAAAGAGAACUGGAUAGAAUUCGCCGAGACAACGCCCAGCUGAAACAAGGUCAAGGCAGUCUACGAAAUGACACGCUGAAACUGAAACAAACCGUGCGUUCUAUCGUGAGCACGUUACAAUCGGGGAUCCCCACACACAAGACCACGAUCACUGGUCCUCGGGGCCACAUGUCCGGUCUCUCCAGCGAACUGGCCCGAGUUCAAGAGGCGCAGGAGGAUUUAAAAUACGAAACGAUAGAUUUGCGAAACGAAAUAUCGACCCUGCAGAACAGUAAUACCAGAUUUGAAAAUAAUAUUCACGAACUACAGGUUGAAAACGUACGACUGAAGGAACAGCUGAAGUCACUUGUGAGAGAGGAACGGACCGGAAGGGAGGCCGAAGUGGUGCGCGCAAAACCGGAAACAAAUUCUCCCGUUUCCAGAGACUUCAUUCAUCAAGAUUGUCACGAGCUCUACCAGACUGGUUCCCGUAUGAGCGGAGUAUACAACAUCAAGCCCAGCGAAGCGCCUCUGAUGAUCUCGGUCUACUGCGAAAUGGUCAACAAGACGGGCUACACUCUGAUUCAGCGCCGCGUGGACGGACUGCUCAGCUUUAACCGACGCUGGCUGGAGUACCGCCACGGCUUCGGCAACCCGUACGGUGAGUUCUGGUUCGGCAACGACCUCAUCCAUCUGAUGACGAAGCAGAAACAGUACAUCCUGCGCGUGGACCUCUGGGACUGGGAAGGGAGCAAGGCCUACGCCGAGUACGACACCUUCACCGUGGAGGACGGCAUCAACCACUACCGCCUCCACGUCAGCGGUUACCGGGGCGACGCGGGCGACUCCAUGAGUUACCACGACAAUAUGGCGUUUAGUACCGAGGACGUGGACAACGAUCUGCACACGCGGCACUGCGCCGCCGAGAACAAAGGGGGCUGGUGGUUCAACAGCUGCUACUCCAGCGCCCUCAACGGCAUCUACCACACCGCGUGGUACUCCCAGGCCAGGUCCAACUACGCCGACGGCAUUGUGUGGUUCACGUGGAAGGAUUCAGAGUUUUACUCGCUCAGGAAAGUCGAAAUGAAACUUAGGCCCAAAGUGCCAUAGUUCUCUCUUUUUUCUCUCUCUCUUUUUUUCAUUUUUUUCUCUUUGUCUUUGUGUCACUAAAGCAAG